AACUACCAACAUCUGCGCCGCAGGCCCAUAUAUAAUAAAGCGAUAGGGAGUCGCGAGCGUGAAGUGAUGAUUUCUAAAUAGAGUCUUUCAUCUUUCUCGCAAGUCAUCAAGUCAUCAAGUCAUCAUGGGCGGAGUUGCGUCUAUACCGACGGAUCCCUCCCGGAAAGUCCAAGUCAUCUCGGCGGGAUACUCGCGAACCGGGACCGUGUCUAUGUCCAUGGCCCUGGCGAAGCUAGUCGACGGUCCCGUACUCCACGGCGGGACACAGAUCUUAACGCGCGACGAUGAUUACUGUUCAACGUGGAUUAAAGCGUACGAGGCUAGGGAAGCCGGCGAUAAAGAGCAGACCUUGAAGCUUGUUCGAAAGGCAACGGCCGGGUUCGCCGCGACUGCAGAUCUGCCACCGGCCGACUUCAUUCCCGAAAUGGUGGAGCUGUAUCCCGAAGCGAAGGUCGUAUUAGUCCGUAGAGAUUCCGUGAAGUGGUGGAAUAGCAUAGCAACUUUAACCGGUCGGACUACGCCGUGGUGGCUUGGUAUCGUAGUAGCCCCGUUUCCCGGAUGGAGGUACAUUCCGACUUUUGCAAGCGUGUACAGCCGGUCAACGUUGCGGCUUGCAGGUCUCGACGCGAAUAAUGCCAGCCCGACGGAACUCGUCGAGAAAGGUGGUCCUCACAUUCUAGAAGCCCACCACAAGAAAGUUAGAUCUGUCGUCCCUGAGGGACAGCUGUUGGAGAUGGAUUUAAACGAGGGCUGGGAACCUCUUUGCCGAUUCUUAGGCGUACCGGUUCCCGAUGAACCAUUUCCUAGGGCGAACGACGGGCAAGCUGCGGAUGCAUACGCCACCAAGAUUCUACUCAAGGUAUUUCAAGUCUGGAUUGGUAUCUUUUCCGUCGCAGGACUGGGCAUUUAUUCUGCAUCUCGUUUGUUAAGACGAGUGUCGUAAUGCGUUUUAUUAGCGGUCAGAAGAUUAUUAGAAUAGACGUCCUUUCAUACAUACCAUUCACAAGAGGCCCGGGAUAG